CCAGGACCCCAGCGUUACAGGGAUUGUUUGGGUGCUCUGGUUCCUGAUAUGUAGCUAGGGGACCCAGCCCCAGCAGAAGCUCAAAGCUGGGGCAUGUGAGGUCCCACGUUCCCCAACAGCCCUUGAACCAGACAGGUCAACCUGGGGUAAGGCGAGGGCCAGGGUUCCCGUGGCUCCCUCUCCCCCAGGGGGCGCCCCAGCCCGGCACCGGAGCAGGCGGAAGCAGAGGGGGCGCUAAGCGGCGAGAGAAGAGGCCAUGGACGCGCGGGUCGGGGCGCUGCUGCUGGCGCAGCUGUUGGUGCAGAUUGAAGUCGGGAGGCAGGGUGAGCUCAGGCGGGGGCUGCCGGCGCAACUAGGGGUGAUGGGGGAGGACGGGGCGCGUGGAGACCGAAGGGAGCUCACCUUCUCUCUUACCCCCACUUUCCCCACCCAGCGUUGCAGGAUGAGGAACUGCUGCUUCCAGGUAAGGCCUCCAGGAGGCGCGCUUCUCUGUUCAGGGCACCUGGACCGGAGCUUGAAGGGCGCCUCAUCUUUUCCUCUCUCCCCCGCCUCAGGUUUCCAGAACUCGUCGUUGCUCACAUGGCCUUGCGGCAAACAGAGCAUCCAGCCACGGAUAGUGGGCGGAAAGGACGCGGAGCUGGGGCGCUGGCCGUGGCAGGCCAGCCUGCGCGUCUGGGGCAGCCACCACUGCGGAGGGAGCCUGCUCAACCGCCGCUGGGUGCUCUCGGCCGCGCACUGCUUCCGAAAGUGAGUUUGGGGGCAGGCGGCCCGCUGACCCCGGGCUCUGGGUCUGCACCCGGGGAUCUGCCCGCACAUCGCACUGGAUGCGGGCCGGGUGUGCUGGUGAGCCCCAGGCCGGGCUGCAGCCGAUUACACCCACAAGGUCCCCGUUGGUGCUCCUGGAGGAAACCCUGUGCAGUUUCUUCCAGAAUGUUCUUCCAGAACAUUCCCAUGCACAUUUGUGCGUCUUGUUCUUUUCUUUCUGUCUUUCACUUCUCCCCGAAUGGCGCCACCAGCCUCCACCUUCCUCAUCCCACCUCCCAGUGGAGGUGAGCCCCGGGGUGGGAGGAGUGAGGGGAGGUGAGUCAGUGCUGGACACAGAGCCUGGCCUGUGGGGAUGGUCACUAUGGAAGCUGUUUAGAGUCCAUCCUGCUGUGGUGCCUCCUUUCUGAGGAGGGCUGUGGGAGGUGCCAGGUGGUUGAGUACCUGGCCUGGUGAGCUGGCAGAAGAGGCACCCUCCUUCCCCCACUUCCAGCUCUCCCCCAAGUCCCCAGGUCAUGGGACUUUGCUGGAGGCUCUCUGGGCCCUCACCAUUUCUGCCCUGGACUCUGGUGGGUAGAAAGACCUGCUAAUGGUCCAGGGGGAGCCCCGCAGCAGCCCUGGCCCUUUCCCUUCAGGGAGCAGCCCCAGGGCACUCAGGU